CAGGUCUGCAUGUAGUAGGAAGUACGAGGCGGCCUUGAAGGCAUCACCAGCCCACAUCGUCUUCAGCACCUGGAGCAUUGAUCCAGCCUGCAGAGCUCUUCCGGCCGCGGAUAAUCCCAUCUCUACCCACACAGCCCUAAUGCAAUCAGGAGGGAUUGCUAUACAUCGCCUCAGGGGAAACACGUUUGGGAAGCAAAGUUCCGACAUAGCAGUCCACCAUAAGGAGAAGCCCGGGCGAGGAGGGAGAUGGAUCUUUGCCUUUCGCGUUAUUGUGUGCAUAGCCCGAACUGCCAGAGAUAAGCCGAUUCUCCAUACUAUGACAGCUGCUGUCGCAUUUCAUCUAGUUCGGAGAAACUACUGAAAGAACAUCCUGCUUGCUUUUUUAUUUCAUUUUUUUUAUUUCAGCACCAUGUUUACAUACAAUCUAGUAUUUACUUUCUUUAUCGCGGCUCUCUGGCGGGUCGGUGGCGAACCACAAACUCCUUCUUCACCUGCGACGCAGUUCAAUUCAACGUCUUCAUCCGUCCUCAGCAAAGAUGAAGAGAUGCCACAUAAUGUCACAGAUGCCGCCGUGGGAUCCCCGAUGUCAUCUCUAAUGACUCACCUUCCCACUCUGAAAAACAUUGUUAUUUUCAUCUGCGUGUUAACAGCUGCUCUCAUCACGUGCCUGGUCAUCAAAGUGGUCAGAUCUGGGAGACGAAUCAGAAAAACAAGGAAAUAUGACAUUAUAACGACACCUGGUGAACGCGUGGAGAUGGCCCCUCUUAAUGAGGAGAACGACGAGGAGGAGGACUCGACCCUCUUUGACAUCAAAUACAGGUGAAUCCCAGCAUGGACGCCAAUAUUUGAUAACUCCUGUUUUGCUCAGGACAACCGGAGUGACUUCCUGUUUGUUGUGUCGUUAAAGUCUCAUGCCAGACGCUGCUUGUGCACGGCUUUAAUCUGUGUUGGAAGGACUGGAGCCACAUGGACGUCCUUGUUUGCUGCUCUACUGCGGCUUACAUCAUGUGGCACACAUUAUCUGCACAAUUAUUUCUGGCAUUAGUGAAAUCAGAAUGAUUUCCUGACAGUUAUUGUUAUUGAUUGAUUUAGUUUUCUGCAUUUCGAGCUGCAGCAGGUUGGGCUUGAUAGUAGAAAGGAACAGCGUCUGCUUUGAAGGUAUGAUACCCCCAUAUUAAAAUGUAAGACCACCCCUUGGUGCAUCAUAUGUUAACAUGCAACACAUAUUGCACAGAUGAUACUUUAUUAAAAUGUCCAAAUGUGCACACUUUAAGAAAUCUACUGAUAUACAGCAAUUGAUUUAAAAACAAAACAAAUUUAUACCAAAUAUAUUUAUAUCUACUAACCACUUAGCUGUGCAUAUAUACUGUUGAAGGUGGUCUGUCCUUAAGUAUGAAGUAAGUGUAUAUAUUUUUUUACUGUAGACGUUCCCGUUUUGCUGCUAUCUCAGCUGAAUUACGUUUUUUGAAGAAAAGCUCAAAUAAUAUAGCCAGGGUAUAUUUGUAAGGUGUUUAUGAAUAACAUCCGGUUGCUAUGAAUGUGAACGCUGUAAUCCGUUGCGAUGAAGUGGGUUCAAUCUUGUGACAACGUUGGUUAAUCAAGCAACCACUGAACAAUGUGAAUAACAGUAUUGAACAUGUUCGACACGACACGCUCAGUGUCUUAAUUUCUAAAUGAAAAUCAAUGUUAAGCCACCAUAUCAUUUUAGUUACUCAAUUAAAAAGUAUCCCAAAAUCUGGUGUCUCUUGUUUGAGAUAUAGGUGCACAGUAGAUAAAGUAUUCAUGGAAGGUCUCCCACAAUAAUUCCUAUUAAUGGCUCACUGACUCUUGUAAUGUCUAACUAGAAAUGGAGUGUUUUCUCCCCGGAGGAGUUGCUUCUCUUUGCCGUACAGGUUCUGGUAAAAAGAAAAGAAACAAGUCUUCUUAGACUGCUGGAAAUGUUAUGACGUAUGGGUUUAAAAUGGAAGCUUUACUUGAUCGUAGAGAAGUGCUAAAACCAUUUGGCCCAUUAGAUAAAUAUGAAAUUACUUAAAAGCAUAACCCGUUUAUUCAAAUUGUUAUUCCUUUAUUUCAAAUACAGAAUAUACAAUCAACCAAAAGCCUGAUAUAAAGUACACAUAAGAAAUAACAGUAGUUCAGAAACCUUCCUCAUCUCCGUGUUCACCCUUAAUGUAAUGAAAGUAAACCAACAACAUGGCAGUGUUCACCUAGAUUAGGUUCUUGCAGUCGAGGGCUCGUGUUGUCGGUGACCUUGUGUUUUCAUACAAACUGAUUGACUCUGAUAAAGUGCACCGUGGUCGACAGCUGUUUCUGAAUGACGACCGUCCCUCGUAAUGGAAAAGAUUGUCAGGCCCAAUUUGUAAGGCGCUUUGUUCCCAAUGUGCUUUAAACAAAGCCAGUGACAUUCACAGAAGAGUGGAUAUAUGUUUUAUCUGUUAGAUGUACAAGAGAUGUGUGUGAAUGUCUGAUCAGGUUUUCUGAAUGGUAUGUAAAUCAAACUGUCUUGUUUUUUGAUGUAAUGAUCUUCAGCAGACAGCUGCCUAUUUCCUGUUAUCCAUCAGACGGUAUGACCAUUGUUCCCUUCAGUAUUAUGUAUUCAUGUUUCAUUGGAGUUGUUUGUAUGUGCAGAGAAGAGCAGAUCCUUUUUUGUGCCUCUGCUAUAUUUGUCUGUGUGUGUCUUCCGCAUCUUUUAUGUGACCUUUAGUUGUGAGUGGAAUGAUGGAAAAACCCCGGCUCAUCCACAGAGGCGGAUUCUCUGCUACAGACAGUUCCGGUUGUAAAAUUAAUUAAAGCUAUUUGAAGACUCUAACUAAUUUCUAUAAUCCCACAUCUAAACCCAAACUAGUUUUAGAAGUUUAUUGACAAAAACAAAGUCCCCGUUUAAUUAUUUCAACACAGAUGUUAUGUGUACCCACAGCUGUUUCCUUGGUUUCGAUUUCUUCGAAACACUACUUAAAUAAAACUGCUUUCUUUGAAGUGUU